AUGUCGGCCGCUGACUUUUCCGCCUCCCUCAUGUUGGCAGGGAUGGACUACAUAGCCCCUUCGGAGGCGUGCACCCUCCCUACGAGGCUGCAGCGCGGCGCGGACGGCUCCGUUCAACGUCAUGCCUCUGGCAACGAGGUGGUGAAGAUAACGCUGCAGGACUGUUUGGCAUGCAGCGGGUGUGUCACGACGGCGGAGGCGAUACUCGUGACUUCGCAAAGUCGUGCUGAAAUUCUUAAAACUCGUGCUGCCGAUAGGGACCGCCCUUUUCUAGUGACUGUGAGUGACCAGUCAGCCGCCUCCAUCGCGACCCACUUGAAGGUGACCAUGACAAGGGCCUUCCACAUCAUUAGUGGGUUUCUCCGCGCCGCCCUACAGGCACAGUACGUCUCUGACCUUCGAUGGGCGCAGCGAGUUGCGGUUGAAAAGACGGCCCAGGAGUAUUGCCAUCGGUUACAGCAUGCAAGAGAGAAGUUGCCCAUGAUAGUGUCGGCAUGUCCAGGGUGGGUGUGCUACUGCGAGAAGCAGGGGUCUGCGGUUCUUCCGUUGCUGUGUCCAGUGAUGUCACCGCAGGGCAUCGCAGGCUGCUACGCCAAAAAAAUCCACCCGCAGCUGUGUCAUGUCUCUGUUCAGCCAUGCUUUGACCGGAAACUGGAGGCAGCGAGGGACACUUCCCUUGAUGCUGGAGAGAGGUGCACAGAUUUUGUACUGAGUACCCAGGAACUUCUGGAAUGGAUGAUGGAAACGGAUGAAUCCAUUCCUUGGGAAGCCCCGCUGGACUCCAGCUUUGAGCCUCUCCCUGUUUUGUCACUGAAGGAGUCGAAUAGCGUUCUUGCAGUAACUAUGGAAGGAAGUGGUGGCUACCUCCGUUUUGCGAUGCAAUACACGGCUGAAAAGGUGCACAACUUGCCAUUUUCACCUGACAACAUCCUGUAUGCAAUGAAACGCAACGCCAAUCACCAUGUAGCAACGAGCCCCAGCAACCCUGGCGAAGCGUAUUGUGUCGCCUACGGAUUCCAGCAUAUACAAAACAUUGUACGGGGCUUGAAGCGCAAGUUGGCAUCGGUGGCAUCCUACACUUUUAUUGAAUUGAUGGCGUGCCCAGACGGCUGUCUCAACGGUGGCGGUCAGGUGCGAGGCGGGGGUCUGGCUACCAACCUGGAAACAAUCACCGCUGUCAAGGCCACUUUUGGAAGGUGUUUGUUUCCUCACAGGGAGGACGAGGCCAAAGAAACGGAAUCUACAGGGGAUGUGACGGGCGCCCUUGCUUGCACGGUGAGUCAGCCACCUUGCUUCUCCCUCGCUGCCUUUCGUGAGGUGGAGAAGAAGGUCGGAACACCCCUCUGGGGUUGCGUCUUUCAUGAUCGCGAAAAAGAGUUUGAGGCGAUGUUGAACAAUGGGGGUGUGCAAAGCCUGAAGUGGUGA